AAAUUGAACAUUUGGGUCCUAAAGGUCUCACCUUUACGCCCAGAUAUUCGUUUUCUUUGCUCAGAGGUUCGAUUCUGCGUGGAUUACAGCUUCAAUUUGGGAGAGGGAUCGUAAAGAUUAAAACUUUUUGUGUGGGAAUCAGAAUGGGACUUUUUCUGCAGUUUGUUUCGAUGAAGAGGUUGACAAGCUUCUGAUUCAGUUUAAAGGGUAAAUUAUAGGAGUUAGAUUGUCUCUGAAACGUAGAUAUAUAACUCUUUUGAGUUUAGAUGGGUACCCAAGUUAUGAGAUUGAUAAUGAAGCAGCAGCCCCACUAUCGGUUAUUGGGUGUUCGGUUGAAAACAACCUCAUCACAGUAUGUAGCAUCAAGAGCCAGAGAUCCCACGUUUGAGAAACUAAUGGAUAAGUACAAGAACCUUGUCAAAGUCGUUGCAGUGCAAGAUCUCAUCCUGGCAAACCCAAGUGACCCUGCAGUUUCUGUUGAUUUUCUCUCCAGGCUCUCCCAAAAACUCCAUCUCAACCGUGGUGCAGUCGCCUUCCUCCGCAAAUACCCUCAUAUCUUCCACAUAUACCAUGACCCAAUAAAGGGACAGACACGAUGCACAUUAACUGAUACUGCUUUUCGAAUUUCAGAAGAAGAAGCAGAGGCUAUUAAUGCCUCAUUGCCACUUGUUGUUGAUCGAUUGGUUCGGCUUCUGUCCAUGUCGACUUCCAAGAUGUUGCCACUGCGCGCCAUUUUUAAAGUUUGCAGGGAACUUGGGCUUCCUGAUGAUUUUGAGGAGUCUGUAAUAUCUAAAAACUCCCAGCUUUUUCAACUUUGCGAUGCUCAUGAACCCAACACUCAUAACUUGAAACUGGUUGGUGCAAUUUCUGACAAGUUUGUUGCAGCUGUUGAGAAUUGGAGGGUAGAGGAAUAUUGCAAAGAGGGUUGCAGUGUUGGUAGGGCUGAACUUCAGUUUAGUUUUAAGCAUGGAUAUCCUCCAGGGAUGAGGUUAAGAAAGAAUUUCAGAGCCAAGGUUAAAGAAUGGCAGAAGUUGCCAUACAUCGGGCCAUAUGAUGAGGUCACAGAGAAGAGGUUGUCUAAAGCUGGAAUGAUAGUUGGGGAGAAACGAGCAGUUGCAAUAGUUCAUGAGUUCUUGAAUCUGACAGUUGAGAGGAUGGUUGAAGUGGAGAAAAUCAGUCAUUUCAGAAAAUGGUUUGGGUUUGAUUUGAAUAUAAGGGAUUUGUUCCUGGAUCACCCUGGGAUGUUUUAUUUGUCUACCAAGGGAAAGAGACACACUGUUUUUCUGAGAGAAGCUUAUGAGAGAGGGUGUUUGAUUCACCCAAAUCCGGUUUAUAAUGCAAGGAGAAAGCUACUGGAUCUUGUUGUUUUGGGACGUCAUGAUAUGUUAACUGGUGACACAAAGAUGAGGAGUAUUGCUAAUAGCAAGGAGGCUGAGUUUCUGGAGCAGUACAAUGGAGAAACCUCUGACUCUGAUUAGUUACUAGAGUUUCUUUCCUUUUUGCAAACCUAAUCAACUUAAAGAUUUCAGUAGCCAGAGCUGUUUUGGUUUUGAUCUUCUUAUAGUGGGACCUUGGAUGUCAAUCUUUUGCUUGUACUAGACUGCAACAUUGAUGUGAUUUAGUUAUAUUAUGAUGCUAGAUUGAAGGAAAUGCUAGGACUUGUGCUGAUACAAAAGGUUCAUACCUUGUGUUGUCCAUUUUGGUUUGUGCUCUUCUGGAGUGAUUGGUACAAGUUGUGUUCUUUUUUUUUUUUUUCCUUUACAAGGAAGAGCUACUUGUUAACUGAAUCUUGGCUUUGAUUUUUGGGGUUUGUCUUGUAUACUCCUUGUUUAGUCAGUAGCACAGUUGCACCCUUGAUUAAGUUUCAGCUUUAGUUAUGAAAAAGUGAAAAAGUUAUGAUCAGCUUACCAUACACACAAAUAAUAGGUAGCAGACUGCAAGAGUCUUGGAUUAUUUCUAUAGUUAAGAUGUUUUUCAAUAGGCAGGUUCUUCAGCCCUUUUAUGAAGUUGCUUUCAGGCUUCUUUAACCUGUUUAUAAAUUCAUAAUUCUAUAUGGGAAUAAUUUUUUCCAAGUAUUCAGGUUCUUUUCCAAAAAAAAAAAAAAAAAAA